AUGACUACCGGAAAGGUUCUUGUUCCCUUUGCAUUCAGUGUGCUUAUCUUUAGCGCUUCUGAUUUCUUCACAAUUCAGCAGGAACGCACUCAGUGCGCAAGCCCGAUUCAGCAAGCAACCAUAAGCGAUAACAAGCUUUGCCUAAUUCAAUCAUUCCUCACCCUCGGCGGGGCAUAUGCUCUCGCGUGCUGGUCGGCUUUGGUAAUUGUGCACCUUCAUUUCCUUUCGGUCUGGCGCAGCAAAUUUAUAAUAAAUCACAUAAGAGGCUUUCACAUAGCGAUCUGGACCAUCUCCAUACUUGCCACGAUAAUUCCAAUAGUUACACACCAUGUUGGAAGUGGAAACAUAUGUUUCAUUACGCCUGAAGCAAGCGCAAUGUUCUAUCUUCCACUGAUUUUUAUUUACGUUGCAUUUGCUGUGCAUGUGUCCACCUUUAUUUAUAUUGCAAACAUUACCAGGAAAGUUUGGGAAGAUAAUUCAGAAGGAUCAAAUAUGACAAAACGAGUAUUGGUUAACGAAUCUCAAAAAACACUAUUAUAUGUAAGAGAAAUGGUUAGGCUCCAAUGGCGUGCUCUAGCAGGAGUUUUCUUAAUGGUGACUGUGUAUACUACUUCUUGGAUUUUUUUCACUUUUGACUAUAAAGUACCAAAUUUCAGAGCUCAAUGGUUUGAAGAAUGGCUUCAAUGUCUCGAAACCGGCACCCAAACUUCAUGCUCUUUGAUCGCCGCCCCAUACUUUCCGUCGUUUUCCCUAAUAAUAUGGCUACUGCUAAUCAAGCGUUGUGUCGGAAUAUUCAUAUUCAUAAUACUUGCUGCUAAAAAAUCUAUAUUCCGCGAAUGGAUACAAGUGUUACGAGGGACUAAUAAAUCAGAAUCGGGAGCAAGUCAUGUGCAUAGAGAUGCUGUUGUAGAAAUUACUUCAGUGUAG